AUGGCACCGCGCAGAAGCCAUACAAAGUCCCGCAAGGGAUGCGAGGACUGUAAACGGAGGAAAGUCAAGCUUACACGUCAUGCCUCUCCCAAGUGUGACGAGAAACACCCAACAUGUUUCAAUUGCGCCCGUCACGGCAUACCAUGUGCCUACGCAGCGACGAAACAAGACACCCGGGUUGCCCCUCCGGCACCCAGUCGCCGGAGCCGGAGGGAGCGUCGUCCGUCGACCUCUGAGGCUCAAAAACACGGAAGCGGCGAUCCCGGCGAUCCCGGCAGAACAGAGCAGCCAGCCACGACGCCCGCAUCCAUCGCCAGCAGCGGCAGCAGCGGUGACUUGCAUCUCGCCCUGGGCGGCGGGACGGAUUUUCUUCAGCUCGACUUCCGCCAGCGAGGCGGCAUCGUCCCGCCCUUGAAUGACAUGAACCUCGGCGGCCGCGAGCUCGAGCUCAUGCACCACUACUCUGUGAACACGGCCAACACCUUGGCCAUCCGUGACGACGUCCGCCACAUCUGGCGACACGUCAUCCCCGAAGAGGGCUACCGCCAUCCCUUCAUCAUGGACGGCAUGCUCGCCAUCAGCGCUCUCCACAAGUCUCUUCUCGUCCCCAGCAUGCGGCAAGACUACCUCACCCUGGCCGCUCACUAUCAGUCGUCGGGAUUAAAGGGGUACACGUUGCAGCUGCCCAACGUCACGAUCAAAAACUGGAUACCCGUCUUUUGCUUUGCCGGUCUCACCGUCAUCUACGUCUCGCUGCUGCCAGUCAGGUGCGAGAACCAUGUCCUGCCGGAGCCUCUGCUCUCGAUGCUCGAGUUAUUUGCCGUCACUCGCGGCAUGCAAUCUUUCCUCGAGCCAUACCUCGACAACCUCGUGACGACGCGGUUCGCCCCUCUCUUCCACGGCACGCAGGCCAACUUCAGCAACGAGAUGGCCGGCAGCAGAAGGCAAGCCUGCAUCCCCGGAGACACGUUCGCAGCCCUGUCACGGCUCCGCGCCGUACUGGCCGAGCACGUCCCCGCCGACGCGCGCGAGGACUACCUCAAAGCCGUCGCCGCCCUCGAGCGAACGGCCAGGCUCAUCGCCGACGCCGGCAUGGACGUCGAUCCCGGCAUGGUCUUCAUCUGGGCCUACGAGGUCAGCGGCCGCGUGCUGACCGACGUGCGAGGACACGCGCCGGCGGCGCUGCUCCUGCUGGCGCACUACUGCGUGUUUCUGCGCAUCUUGGAGAGUCGCAUCUGGUAUUUUCGAGGCUGGGCCAAGCCGGUGCUGCAGAGAUAG